AUGAGCAAGACUAAGCGGCUGGCUUCUCUGACAGCCGACACAUUGGAUCCAGAGACCUUCGAUCCACUCAUCCCCCGCGUGGCGCAGCAGGCUAUCACACGAACACCAAUAUGGCUACCUUGGCAGGCUCGUAUUCUGCCAUUGGGCAUGUUUUUCCGGUCGGGGGCUACAACUGAGCCCGACGGAAGUGAAUAUCCAUUCGCCUCAGAAACUGCAUUUGAUGUGAAUUCGCUCAGUUCUGCGUCGGUUCGGUUCACCACUGACGACGACAGUGGUCGUUUCCGGUCUUCCGAGGCUAUGAGCUCCUCGGCAUCAGCGGACCAUCUUAGCGUUGGCGUCGGGGCGGGGGCGGAUCUAGGCUUUUUGGAGGCUAGCGUCUCCGUCAAUUAUGACCGAGAAGUGUUGCAAAAUAGAGACUCUAACAAAGCGUCAGUGACAACCAGCUACCGAGCUGGCACUGUAGCGUUCUCCCGUCCACCUGAGCUAUCCGAGGACGCAUUUCGGGUCUUGCAAAAGGAGGGCAUGGAAGCGUUCAAGGCAGAAUUUGGCGACUAUUAUGUGGGGGGCUACCGAAUCGGAGGUGAUGCCUCGGUUCUUUUCACCACAGAUGCAAGCAGGCGAUCCGAGACGGAGGCAAAAAAAGUCAGCAUUAGUGUUAAAUCUUUGUUUGGCGACUAUCAUGAAGAGGACGCCACCAAUAUGUCAAGCUCGGAGGAGAAUUUUGAGGUCCACAUUAGCGCUUAUUCGACCCUCGAACAACUGCUCAUUGUGGAGACCGUGCAGACGGGAACCCCGAGGUUCCAGGCCGUGUUAGAACAGGGGCGUGGGAUCCACCGGCGAUCUCAAGACCUGAGAAAUUGCGUGGCUUUGGUUCUGCAGGAACUUGGCGUGAGGAGUGGGAAACGGGUCACGCCACAACAGUGCAGUCGACUAUGCGAACACGCACUUGUAGUGGAGCUAGUUUUGAUGCCCGUGGAAACGCUUCGACAAGUUCGAGCAUGGUCUAUUCUCCAGGAUUGUGAGGAAUAA